AUUUCCAGGGCCCUCGACGUUUCCGAAAACCCACAUUCGUCCUCUUCAUAUUUAUAUAUGUAUGUAUAUACAUUUAGAAUACUGGACAAUAGAUGUGUUUUGAUCGCAACCGAAAGAUCUUCUCAUCUCCUUCUCUCAAGAAGAAAUCGACGAUGACGUGAAACCCAAGUCGCCAAUGGAUGCUCCUCGGCAGUGAGGAUGAGCAUUCUGUUCGUCGUGCGCCUCUCCGGUUCAGGGCCAGUGCCCUGAGCCGGUGGGCUUACUUGGCCUCUUCUAGUUUCCCCGGCAGAGUUUCGCACAUGAAUCGCAGCAUCUCCAUAUCCUCUUGGCAACUGUGCGGGUGAACCAGGGCAGAAGCGCGACUUGAAUGACCCCCCCCCCACCCCCCCAACUGCGACGUUCACCAUCGUUUACAUUACACUACCUCGUCGCGACUGCCAUCAUCCGAGCCGCGGGGCGUUGACUGGGGAUUCUUGGUUGGUUAAGUUUCGCUUCCACUAUGGCGCCUUCAGCUAACGGGCAGAAGGCCGCUGUGCAACAAAGAGUGUAUAUUGUGGUACGGCGUGCAGAGUUUAGGGAGUUAAACUCGCACAUAAAUCCUAACACCGAUGAUCAGCCUUAUGAGCCCGAGAUUUCAUACCUGGACUUCGCUUACGUGGAUGAGAAGCAAGCAUACGCGGUUGCCAUCCGGGAGCAGAUUCUGGAGCUUGACGAGAAUGGGACACACAACGGCCGAAAGGUGGCUGCGCAGACGAGCUUAUCUUUGAAGGAGCGUUUGAAGAACAUCCACAAGGUGGUUGACGUCGCUGCCGAAGCCCAUGAGGACCCGGAAGCUCCUGUGGUGAAAUUUGAAGUAUUGGAGUUCCCAUUGGCUCCAGUGCAGCCAUUCCAGGAGAGUGUUUUCUUGAAGGACCUCGAUAAUCCUGAUGAGUCUGAAGACGUGGAGGACGAUGAGGAGGAAGAAGAGGGUGACGAAGAAGAAGGCGACGAGGAAGAGGUUGAGGAGGAAGUCGAUGAGGGCGAAGAGGGCGUGGAAGAAGUAGAAGGGGAGGAGGAAGAGGAUGAUGAGGAAGGUGAAGACGAUGUCAUAGAACUCGACGAUGAUGACGAAGGCGAGGAAGUCGACGACGACGACGAUGACGAAGACGAGGAAGAUGACGAGGGUGCGCCCAAGAUCAAGAAACAAAGGACGUAGAUACUUGACUUUCACUCUCACGCGCCGUAGCUCGACGUAUAGCGAUGUCGGUGGAUGUGUGUAGCUCUGACAUUUGAGCUUUGUCAAGGUCUGCAUCGCUUGCACAGAUGCGUCUGCAGAGGAGUCACUUGCCUGAAGUUGCUCGGGGACAAAGGAAUGCUCCUUGCUCGUCUAGAUUUCCAUUGCGUGAAGAAUACGUCGGAAGCUCCAAGCGCAGAUGAGCAGACACGACAGUAGUAGGUUCUAGACGUAAAGAAUGAGACGGUCAAAGCUGUCUCUUUUCUCUACGAUUCCGUGUCCAUGUUUAUUGUAGGUGUCUUCGCUUGAAAGAGGGUGUCGUCGUGUGCAAAAGAGAUGUCUAGGAUAUUUUGGUUGGUUGAAGCAGGUCAAUAGGACAGUGUAAACUGGUGCGAGUUGAAUGCUUGUGGUUGCAUGUCGUUACCACCUACCAGUUUCAGAAUGUGAAGAAUACAAGAUUGGGAUCUUUUUCACUAAA